AUGCGUGAUUUCCGGUUCAUUUCUGUACUUCCCGUCGGGAAGAGGCAGAAGUCUGAAUUUGGCGAUAGACUUCAGCGCACUGGCCUUAACUGCACAGAUGAGCCUUUUCUGGGAGUAGCUUAAACACUGCAGCCUAGUGAAAAGGAGAAUUGCCUCUUCGGUGGUGGUGUCCAAACAUAUUUCUGUUUCCUGAUGACGGCCCUGGGCGUGACGGCUGGUGCGCAUCGCCUGUGGAGCCACCGUUCCUACAAAGCCAAGCUGCCUUUGCGGAUCUUUCUGGCUGCAGCUAACUCCAUGGCUUUCCAGAACGACAUCUACGAGUGGAGCAGAGACCACCGUGUGCACCACAAGUACUCUGAGACGGACGCAGACCCGCAUAACGCCCGCCGCGGCUUCUUCUUCUCCCACAUCGGCUGGCUGUUUGUGCGCAAGCACCGGGACGUCAUAGAGAAGGGGAGGAAACUGGAUUUCACUGACCUGCUGGACGACCCCGUCGUCAGGUUCCAAAGAAAGUAUUACAAGAGUUCGGUUGUGCUGAUGUGCUUUGUGAUCCCAACCUUUGUGCCGUGGUACCUCUGGGGCGAGAGUUUGUGGAACGCCUACUUCCUUGCCUCCAUCCUCCGGUACACCAUCUCCCUCAACGUCACCUGGCUGGUCAACAGCGCCGCUCACAUGUACGGCAACCGCCCUUACGACAAGUACAUCAACCCCAGGCAGAACACCUUUGUCACUCUGGGAGCCAUUGGUGAGGGUUUCCACAACUACCACCACACCUUCCCGUUCGACUACUCAGCCAGUGAGCUGGGCCUGAAGUUCAACCCCACCACCUGGUUCAUUGACUUCAUGUUUUGGUUGGGGUUGGUCACUGACCGCAAGCAGGCUCCGAAGGAGAUGAUCCAGGCUCGCAAGGAAAGGACUGGAGAUGGCAGCGCUUGAGAAGUAACGCUCCGCGCUGCCAGCGCUGUCGUACACGUGGGUGGGUGGCUGGGUGGGUGGGUGUGUGCGCACCCCCGUGCCUGAGGUGGGUUUAUUUUCCUCUGGGUAAAAUCAGUUUUUUCAGAUCGGUUGGGCCAAAUUAAUUCCCCAGGAACAGAUUCAGCCCCAGCUUUUUUUCCUUAUUAGCUGUCUUAUGUCCAAACUUCAGACUAUUAAGUAUAAAAAUGUUAUCUAUUAUUUAAUAUUCUAGUUAAACAGGAGAGAGAUUUGAUUUUAGUCACUGUAGUUCAUGUCUGAAAUACAUUGUAAUUUGCUUGUUCGUGGUAAACGUUGGCAGGUUGGAGGAACUAACUACCCUUUCCAAGUGCAGUUAGGGGAGAUUUUUGUUUCUGCUAUUAAUCAGAUAUGCUUUUGAGACACAUCUCUCGGAGGCGAUGGGGCAGGGCCCAAUGUGCUGUUUCAGUUACAGACUAAUGGAAAGGACAGUAACAGCACCGAUGGAAAAACAGCAUGUCCAAGGGAAAAAAAUUGGCCUAAAUUUAGUUUUAGUUAGCCUUUAGCUUGAAAACCUGCUUUCUUCUUUUCGUUAGCCCUGUUAGCCACCCGGUGCGCUGCUGUCUUUGCUAAAUAUGAAAACCAUUUAUCGCUGAGCAGGCUUUUGUGUUGAAGAUUAGUCUCUCUACGGGCCAAAAUACCAACUGAUGCUAUGUUGGGAUAAUUCCUUUGUUGUCGCAUAUACAUUGUAAUUUGUAAAGGUAAAGCUCAACCAUGUCUUAAGCCAAAUAAAGCUUCGGUUUCAAUGUUUGGAGACCUAAGUUAUAUUCUAAUUGGUCAUGGCCAUUGAUGCAUGCAUAUUUUAGCUCCUUUUGCACAAGAGGCCUCUUAAUUUCUUUUUCUGCCUUUGACUAGCGGGUCUUGGAAAACCGACCGUUAUCUAAGUCAGAGUGUCUACUGAUAUUUCAGCUGCAUGCAACAUCCAUUGGUUUCUGAGCAAAAUAUAAAGACAGUUAACGUAGCUUCUGAAUUUUAACAGUUGCCUUGUUUAAAAAUAAAAAACAGAAAAAAAAAAAAAGAAAAAAGAUUUAAAAAAAAAAAAAAGGCAUGUGGACUUAAUGGGGACAUGUAGCCCUUUGUGUUAGAUGUUAGCCAGUGCAGGAGAGAGGCUUUGUACUGUCGGCACUGGAGCACUUUUGAAGAUACAGGGCAUGAUUUUCAUUUAUGAAGAAGGUCACCGCCUUGCCCCUGGGAGAGGGAGUGCGGAUUUCCCAGCUGUGCAGCCCCACGCCCUGGGCAAGGCAGGGAUCUCGAGAUAACUGAGGCUCAGGCCCAGAUAUUUUCAGGAAAGAUGUUAGAACUGGAAAAAAAAAAAAAUACUAAAAUGGUUUCUUUUUUGUUCUGUUUCUGGUUUUUUCAAAUGAUGCCAUAUGAUAUAAAAGUUGUCUUUAUUCUGUAUUUCAUCCAGCAGGUGUUUUAACAGUGUUACUUUGCCAUUAAUGAUGUGUAAACUCUUGAGUGAUUUACAAUAAACAGUUACGAGUUAGA